AUGGUAGCGGCAAUAAGUAUCAGCACCAUCUUUUUCAUACUCUUCAAACGAUUUUGCCGAUCGGACAGCUCUUCGGAAGAGAAUCCCACCAUGUCGAGGCCGUCUAUCGACAGCGAGCUCAAGCAGAUUCCCGUCCUCGUAUAUGGAGAAUUGACGGCGUCUUGCUCCGUCGCUGUUUUGGAGGUGGAAAGCUGCGCAAUAUGCUUGGAAGAGUAUGUGAAGGGAGAAAAGGUGAGGGUGUUGCCGAGGUGUAAGCACAUGUUCCAUAAGGAGUGUAUUGAAGAAUGGCUUGAGGUUCCGUCUUUGCAUUGUCCGAUUUGUAGGGAUCGGGUGCUGGAGCAUUGUCUGCAAUCGGCGAGGACUAAUAAUUGCAGGACUCAAAGGCAUUAUAGUGAUAAUCAACUGCAGUUAUUGGCUCUCUAUGGUACUGGAGAUUUAGAUGAUGGUUUUCCACCGACGACGCCACUUGAUAAUGUUUCCAGUUCACGGCAUCAAAUCAGGCAGCCCACUUCACCGUCCUAG